UUGCGAGCAUAACACCAUAAGUGGUGUAAAAGAACCGUGAAGAGUUCAAUGUAAUGGAUCAAUCACGUUUGGAGCUUGGGAAUGGCGAGGACAAUGUCAGAAUUCCGGAUGAUUUGUGAUGCAAGAGGUCAGAUGGGAAACAGUGGAGGUGCACUGCCAUGUCUAUGCCAGAUAAAACGGUAUGUGAAAAACAUUACAUCCAGGCAAAGAAAAGGGCAGCUAAUUCUGCAAUGCGGGCAAAUUUGAAAAAAGCCAAGAGGAGGUCGUUAGGUGAAAGUGAUAUUUUCUUGGAGAGCAAGAGUGAUGAUCUUGAUGUACCACUUGCAAGCGUGAAGUCACAGGAGAGAAAGUACAUGGAGAAGGUAUCAAAAAAUCAUUUUCGUUAUUCACUUGAUAGACCACCUGUGAAGGGUUCAUCCGUGCGUAAUCCUUCAAAAUUGAUGGAAGAUAUAGAUUUGGAGGAGUAUGAAGAAAAUUGGAGGUCAAAUAGUAACAAGUCACCGCUUGCUUCUGCUUUGGACUCAUCCAGGAACAGACCACAGAGGAGUUUUGAUGUUAAUGCUAUGACAGUUUCGGAAGACUCUGAUGGAAGCUCUGAAUCCUCUGAAGAAACUGGUGGCCAAACUUGCCAUCAGUGUCGGAGGAAUGACAGAGACACAGUCAUUUGGUGCCUCAAAUGUGAUAGAAGAGGAUACUGUGACAGCUGUAUUUUGACAUGGUACUCGGACAUCCCAUUAGAAGACAUUCAGAGGUCCUGUCCUGCAUGUCGUGGCACUUGUAAUUGCAAAGUGUGCCUACGUAGAGAUAAUUUGGUAAAGGUAAGGAUAAGAGAGAUCCCAGUGCUAGAUAAGUUAAAAUAUCUCCACUGUCUGCUGUCUUCAGUGCUUCCUUUAGUUAAACAAAUCCAUCAAGUACAGUGCUUUGAAGUUGAACUGGAAAAAAAAGCUUCGUGGUAAGAUGCUCUAAUGUGUUCAUGGCAUUUUGAGUUCAGUAUCUUUGGAUGUCUUUUGUACAUUGUUUGACCAUUUUGUUUGCAUAUGUAUUUCGCAGGAACAGAUAUAGAUCUUGCCCGGACAAAAUUGAAUGCAGAUGAGCAAAUGUGCUGCCAUUUCUGUAGGAUUCCCAUUGAUUAUCAUUGGCACUGUUCCCGCUGCACAUAUGAUCUAUGCCUUAACUGCUGUCAAGAUCUUUGAGAAGCAUCCAUGCCUGGUGUUAAAGGAGAGGUGGUAGAGAAUCAGAUUGGCGAGGAUAGUCGAGAAGAAGAAACCAAGUUGGAGCAGCCAAAAUUGUCCAAAGUCAGACUAAAUUUAGCAGACAUAUUUUCCAACUGGAAAGCCAACGGUGAUGGAAGUAUCCCUUGCCCUCCAAAGGAGUAUGGUGGCUGUGGCCAUUCAUCGUUGAACUUAAGCCGUAUCUUUAAGAUGAACUGGGUUGCAAAACUAGUAAAAAAUGCAGAGGAAAUGGUUAGUGGCUGUAGAGUUAAUGAUGCUGUCAGUCUAGGGAAAACUGGGCUCAAUGAUCCAAGACUUAGCCAGUAUGCUCAUAGAGAGGAUAGCGAUAAUUUCUUGUACUGCACUUCAUCUGAAGAUAUCAAAUCUGAUGGGAUUGACAAUUUUAAAGGGCAUUGGCUUAGGGGUGAGCCCAUCGUUAUUAAGAAGGUGUUUGAUAGCUCUUCAAUUUCAAACUGGGAUCCAAUGAUUAUCUGGAGAGGGAUUUGGGAGACAGCAGAUGAGAAAUUAAAGGAUGAGAACAGAAGGGUGAAGGCCAUAAAUUGCUUUGACUGGUCUGAGGUUGAUAUUGAACUUAGUCAAUUCAUGAAAGGUUACUCCAAGGGAAGAAUUAAUGAAAAUGGUAUGCCAGAAAUGUUGAAACUCAUAGACUGGCCUUCCCCUAGUGCAUCUGAAGAGUUCUUAUUAUAUCAGAGACCUGAAUUUAUCAGCAAACUGCCUUUACUUGAGUAUAUUCACUCCAAGUUUGGUCUUUUAAAUGUUGCUGCAAAACUGCCACACUAUUCUUUGCAAAACGAGGUUGGACCUAAGAUUUUUAUUUCUUAUGGGACCUGUGAGGAGCUUGGUAGACACAACUGUAUCAAUCUCCAUUUCAACAUGCGUGACAUGGUAUACCUGCUGGUGCAUGCAUGUGAGGUAAAGCUAAAAGGUUUGCAGAAGACAAAGAUUGAGAAGACACAAAAAUCCUUUGAGGAAUCUGAGGUUAAAGAAUCAUCUGGGGAUCUACAAAUGGUUAUGGGAGAGGAUACGAGGCCUGAUCUCUCACUUCUUGGUCAGAAUGUGGAGAAUGAGUAUGGGGCAAGGUUGGCCUCAGAUGAAGAUGAGAGUACGGCAGAUCAUGGGCAUGAAACUACUCCUAUGAUUGAAGAGGACACCGCCAACUGUGAACAGUCAGAGAGAGACGGGGUAGAUGUCUCAGAAAAAACUCAUCUGGGAGUUCUUUGGGAUGUUUUCCGUCGACAGGAUGUUCAAAAGCUGACUGAGUAUUUGAGAAUAUAUUGGCAAGAAAUUGGGAAGCUCAAUGAAACAAAUAUUUUUGUAACGUCGCCUUUUUAUGAUGGGACAUUGUUCCUGAAUGGGGAUCAUAAAAGAAAAUUGAAGGAAGAAUUUGCAAUUGAGCCAUGGUCCUUUGAACAACAUUUGGGGCAAGCUGUUUUUAUCCCCGCUGGAUGCCCUUUUCAAGUCAGGAAUCUUCAGUCAACUGUUCAGCUUGGUCUUGAUUUCUUAUCUCCUGAAAGCCUCGGUGAGGCUGUAAAACUAGCUGAUGAAAUUCGGUGUCUUCCAAAUGACCAUGAAGCAAAGCUACAAGUGAUGGAGGUAGGAAAGAUAUCACUUUAUGCGGCGAGUUCAGCCAUUAAAGAGAUUCAGAAGUUGGUACUCGAUCCAAAACUUGGUGCAGAACUUGGAUUUGAAGAUCCAAAUUUGACCGCAGCAGUUUCUGAAAAUUUGGAGAAAAUGACGAAACGAAGACAGGUAACUUGUGCUUGAAUCCGUCUCCAUGGUUUAGAUGAAGAAAAUCUCAUUAGAGGGAUGGCUAGACGCCUUGAUGAGUUUUCGGUGUAUAAAUUUGCUUAUAUGCAAUAUUGUAACUUCUGCACUGAUGGUUUUUUAUGAACAACGAUGUAGCACUUGUGCCAUUAGUUAAUGAAAAAAGUGAUGGUAAAUGCCAA